AUGUGUGUUGGGGGGUGGGUGUUGGGAGUUGGGGAUAUGUGUGUUUAUGUUUUGUGUAUUGGGUUGUGGGUGGUGGGUGGGGUGGUAGGGGUUUUGUUGGGUGGUGGGGGGGGGGGGGAGGUUGGGGUUUGUGGGGGGGGUGGGGGGGUUGAUUGGGGGGGGGGGGGGGGUUUGGAUUGGGGUGGGUUUUGGGUAGUUGGUUGGUGGGGUUGUUUGUGGUGUGGGGGGGGGUGGGGGGGGGUUUGUUGGUUUGGGGGGGGGGGGUGUUGUGGGUGUGGUUUGUUUUGGUGUGUGGGGGUGGGUGGUAGUUUUGUGGUGUUGUUGGUUGGGGGGGGGUUGAUUGUUUUGUGGUUGUUUGGGGGUUUGGGUGUGGGGGGUUUUUUUGGUGGGUGUUGGGGGGGGUUUUUGUGGGGGGUUAGUGUGUGGUUGUUUUGGUUGGGGUUGGGGGGAUUGGGGGGGGGGGGUUGGUUGGAUUUUGGAGUUUGUUUAGGGUGUUUUUGUUUAGUUUUGGGUGUUUUGGGUUGUUGUGUGGGGUUGGUGUGGGUUGGUGGUGGUGGUGGUUGUGUGGUGUUGUGUGGAGUGAUGGGGGAGGUAGGUGGGUGUUGGGGUGUGUGGAUUGGUGGGGGUUUAUGGAAUGGUUUUUUAUGUGGUGUUUUGUGGUUGGAUGUGGUGGGUGUUUGUUGGGGUGGUGUUGGGGUUUUAGGUGGUGGGGGGGUGAUGUAUGGUGAUGUAUGGGGUUUGGUUGAUUUUUGGUUAUGGUUGUUUUGGGGUGGUUUGGGGAGUGGGGGGGGUAGGAAUGUGGGAUGUGGGGUUAGUGGGGGGGGUGGUGUGGGUAGGGUGGUGUUGUGGUUGAUGGGGGUUUGGGGGGUGGGGGUGGGUGGUUUUGUGGGUUGUGGAUGUUGUGGUGGGGUGUUUUUUUAUGGUUAUGGUGGUGGUGGGUGGGUUUUGGGGGGGUGGUGUUUUGGGGUUGGUUGGGUUGUAUGUGUGUUUAGAUGGUUUUUGGGUGUUGGGGGUUUGGUGGUGUGUUGGGUUGGGUGGUGGGUUGGGUGGGAGGGAGUGGGGGUGUUGUUUGUUGUGGGUUGGUUUGUUGUGUGUGGUUGGUUUUUUUGGGGGGUUGAGUGUUUGGGGGGGUUGUGGGUGGGUUGGGUGUGGUGGGGUGGGGGUGUGGGGGGGGGGUGGGGGGGGGUGUGGGGGGUGUGGGGUUUGGGGUUUGGGGUGGGGGGGGUGUUGGUGGUGGGGUGA